CGAAAAAAAAUGUUCCUUUUGCCUAGUGGCCUCUGCUUCUUUCAAUCCUUGAUCCUGUGAUUGAUAGAAGAAGAAAGCAAAGCAAAGUCAUAACAGAAACACAAAGGCACAGAAAAAAGAAGACCCAGAAAUUUUAAUCUCUUACUGUAUCAGAUUCAGAGUUGGGCUCUCAAAGAAAGGGAUUUUGGAAGGUCUAGGAGCUUUGGGAGCCAAUAUAUGUUAUCUCGUUAUCUGGACGUUUGAACCACACCUCUUUCUUCUACCUUCAAUAAUAACUUUCUUUUCUUUUUAGUCUUCUGUGAUACUGUUUCUUUGAUCGAUUCUUUUUUAUCUUAGGCAAAAAAACCCAUUAAAAUGACUUGGAAUUGAGAUACUAAGCCUGUUCCUUUGGAAUUUUGACUCUAUUUUUCCUUAUUUUGACCUUUUCUCUCUUCCAACCAAACGAAAGUCUGCAUCUGUUGUCUUAUUUCUCUUAGUAAUUCGAGUCUAAUUCUUGGAUCCUUCCCUUGAUUGAUUCUUUGGGGUAUAUUAUUAUUACUCUGCCUCAAACAAAAGGGUCUUUUUUUUUUUUUUUUGAUUCUUUGUUCUCAAUUUCACAAAACAGAUCUCUUUCUUUCAAAAUCUCCAUGCUUGCAGAGAAGAAGAACAGGCCCCUGGGGACAACAUUCACAGAGAAAUAGGUGAAAUUUGCUUAAGGUAAUUAAAAGCGUUGUCCGUUUUGCUAUUGUAAUGUCUGGGGCAGCAGGGCAGGGUGUGGAGCAUGUAGGCUUGCCUAAAAUGGAGGCAAAAUCCAAACCCGGAUGUUGCAACCCGGUCAAAAAACCGGGACCCGUCUCAAUGGAUCAUGUUCUUUUAGCAUUACAAGAGACUAAGGAAGAAAGGGAUUUAAGGAUUCGAAGUUUGUUCAAUUUUUUUGAUGCAGCUAAUGUGGGAUUCUUGGAUUAUGCUCAGAUUGAAAAAGGUCUCUCAGCUUUGCAGAUUCCGGCUGAGUAUAAGUAUGCCAACGAUCUGUUGAGAGUUUGUGAUGCUAACAGAGACGGGCGUGUGGAUUAUCAAGAGUUUAAGAGGUAUAUGGAUGAUAAGGAGCUUGAACUUUAUAGGAUUUUUCAAGCUAUUGAUGUGGAACAUAAUGGGUGCAUUUUGCCUGAGGAGCUCUGGGAUGCCCUUGUUAAGGCUGGGAUUCAAAUUGAUGAUGAGGAGCUUGCUCGAUUUGUAGAGCAUGUCGAUAAGGACAAUAAUGGAAUCAUAACAUUUGAAGAAUGGAGAGAUUUCCUUCUACUCUAUCCUCAUGAAGCUACUAUUGAGAACAUCUAUCAUCAUUGGGAAAGGGUUUGCCUUGUAGAUAUCGGAGAGCAUGCUGUUAUUCCUCAAGGCAUCAGUAAACAUGUUAAGAGAAGCAAAUAUUUCAUUGCUGGAGGAAUAGCAGGAGCAGCAUCUCGCACUGCAACUGCUCCUCUCGAUCGCUUGAAGGUGGUUUUGCAAGUGCAGACUACACGUGCUAGUAUUCUGCCAGCUGUAAAGAAGAUAUGGAAGGAAGAUGGUGUCUUAGGGUUUUUCCGAGGUAAUGGAUUAAAUGUUGUGAAGGUAGCACCUGAAAGUGCUAUCAAGUUCUAUGCGUAUGAAAUGUUGAAGAAUGUAAUAGGGGACAGUAUGGGGAACAAGAACGGUGAUAUAGGUGCCAGUGGGAGACUUAUUGCUGGAGGUGUAGCUGGUGCAGUGGCACAAUCCGCCAUCUACCCAAUGGAUCUUGUAAAAACUCGGUUACAGACUUGUGCUUCUGAAGGUGGAAGGGCUCCAAAUCUGGGGAAAUUAACCAAGGAUAUUUGGGUUCAGGAGGGACCGAGAGCAUUUUAUAAAGGUCUUGUGCCAUCUCUUCUUGGGAUUAUCCCCUAUGCUGGCAUUGAUCUUGCUGUCUAUGAGACCUUGAAAGAUUUGUCGAGGACAUAUAUUCUUCAAGAUAGUGAACCCGGUCCUCUUGUGCAACUAGGUUGUGGAACAAUUUCUGGAGCUUUAGGGGCAACAUGCGUUUACCCUUUGCAGGUUAUUAGAACAAGACUGCAAGCUCAACGAACUACAUCAGAAGCUGCGUACAAGGGAAUGUCUGAUGUGUUUUGGAGAACAUUUCGGAAUGAAGGUUGUAGAGGUUUCUACAAGGGCCUCUUUCCAAAUCUUCUCAAAGUUGUACCAGCCGCAAGUAUUACAUAUUUGGUGUACGAGGCUAUGAAAAAGAGUCUAGAACUAGAGUAAGAGAAGUUUGAUGGAGUUGUGUUUGGCAGAAGUGAAAGUAGAGGUAAUGACGAAUAUAUACCGAUAAUAAGAUAAUUAAACAAGAAGUAACACUGAUUGUUUUGAGUUAUAUGAUAGAUGAUGAUUCCCCUUCAGAUAAUGGGGUGCAUAGUUUUGUACUAAACAAUUUUUUUCCCCAAGGCUUAUCUAAACAAAUGUUGAGAAACGGAUUAUGUGACAUAAUAUGUCUGACUUCCAAGUUUAUAGAUAUGAAAAUGGUACUGUUUGUGGUGAAAA